ACCGCGGAGUCCGUACUCCGUCCUGCCGGAGCGCCUUCGGCCUGUCUUGUCCCGGUGAGAACGAAGAAGAGGCACUCUGUCCCCGAGUGGGCCAGAGAGCUGUCCCCUGAAGAGAAGGAGAAGAGGCUCAGGUCUUUGGGGACGAUAUUUCCUGAGGAUCGUGUGGAACGGACCUUCUACUUGGCUUGCACAGCUGAUAUUAUAGACCCUUACAUUCCUCCUGAGGGUGAUGCCCGCUUGACUUCCCUGUCGAAAGAUGGGCUGAAGCAGAAGAUGGAGAAGGCGAAGCAGACUGCUGUCUCCCAGCUGGCUCUGCGGAAGAUAAAAGAUCAUGAUCUGGAUUUCAGCACUAAAACCUUCCCAGAGAAGGCGCAGGAGAUAUUUAUUGAAGCUCACAAUUCCCUGGCAAAUUUUAACAAGCAGAAACUUCACUCCCUGGUGACAGAGCGCUGUUACCCGGAAAUGGUCCGUGGGAACAGGUACAAGACCAUCCGGUGGAGUUUUGUGGAGUCGCUGGAGCCUCCAAGAGUGGUUCACAUGCGGUGUGACAGCUUUGUGAAUCGAGGCAACCUGUAUGGCCAGGUGACAGUGCGGAUGCACACACGACAGACUCUGGCGAUCUAUGACCGUUUUGGGCGGCUGAUGUACGGUGGGGAGCAGGUGCCCAAGGAUGUUUUGGAGUAUGUCGUGUUUGAGAAGUACUUAGUCAACCCAUAUGGCACAUGGAGGAUGCAUGGCAAGAUUGUCCCAGAGUGGGCUCCGCCGAAGGACCCCAUAGUUAAGACGGUGAUGAUUCCUGGCCCAACCUUGGAUCCCUCACAAGAGUAUGAAGAAAUGAAGUAG